AUGGCGCGAGAAUACCUCUACCUGGCCUCGUCCGUCCUCAUGGGGACAUAUGUCCUCUGGACGGUGACGGAGACGUACCUCGGCUACAACAACAAACCACAUCUUGCGUCUUCCCACGCCCUCGCGAAACCCAUCAUCGCAGCACUUCUCGCUCUCCCCUCUCUAAUUCUCUAUAAAAAGGCACAGUAUCUUCUGCAAAUGAAGGCUCGUGGUUGCGCCGAAGCCCCCGCGUAUCCACACAAGGACCCUAUCGUCGGCAGCGACUGGGUACGAGCUUCACUUGUAAAGCAGAAAGAGAACACUCUCCUCGAAUGGUGGCAGACGUUGUUCGCCGAUUUGGGGAACACAUGGUGGGUCAAGACGCCCACGACCUGGGUACUCAUGACUUGCGAGCCCGAAAACCUCAAGGCAAUCCUGGCGUCAAACUUCGCGGACUGGCUCAUCAUAGGACCCCGCAGAGAAGCUGUCGCCCCCAUUUUGGGAUAUGAGGCCAUCUUCGCUGCGAAUGGCCAGACUUGGCACGAUGCGAGGGCCAUGAUGAGGCCCUCGUUUGUGAGAAACCAGAUUGCUGAUUUGGCAUGCUUUGAGAGGCAUGUCGGAAAUCUCAUUGCCAAGAUCCCCAAGGAUGGACAGACGGUUGAUUUGCAGGCUUUGUUAUACAUGAUGACUAUGGACUCGGCGACGGAUUUCAUGUUUGGCCAUUCAACAAACAUGCUCACCACACCUUCGGCUGAGGCCUCGGAAUUCACUGCGACAUUCGAGUACAUCCUUACCCGCUCGGCGAUCCGUUCACGUCUGGGCCUCCUAACCUUCCUGGAUCGCGACUCCAAGUUCGAUGAAGGAUUGAAAAUCAUCAACCGCUUCUGCGAUCGCUACAUCAAGAGCGCCAAGGCCGACGAAAAAGAUCCAGAGCGGGCAUAUGUAUUCCUUCACGAGAUGAUGGGCCAAGAUACCACGCCAGAGUACAUCCGGGGGCAACUGCUUUCAAUGAUUCUUGCUGGCCGCGACACCACCGCUUCAACACUUUCAGCUCUGUUUUGGAUCUUGGCCCGAAGGCCAGAGGUGGUGGCGCGUCUGAGAGCGGAAAUUGACGAGCUUAACGGAAGGCAGCCGACGUGGGAGGAGAUGAAGGACAUGAAGUAUUUGAACAUGGUGCUGAAAGAAAUUUUACGGCUGUACCCGACUGUUGCAACCAUGUCGCGCGGUGCAGCACGGGAUACCACCCUGCCACUCGGUGGUGGACCAGACGGCAAAUCGCCAGUGUUCAUCCAGAAGGGCACAAUGGUGCGGUGGUCCACCUUUGCCAUCCAUCGGAGGAAAGACCUCUAUGGGGAGGACGCCGACGAGUUCCGGCCCGAACGCUGGGAAAACCGCCGUCCAGGCUGGGAAUACUUGCCCUUCUCUGGAGGUCCGAGAAUUUGUAUUGGACAGCAGUUUGCGCUAACACAGAUGAGCUACUUCGUUGUGAGAAUCUUCCAAACAUUCAAGUCGAUUUCGCCAAGGGACGAGAGGCCGAUGGAGCAAUUGGUGGGCAUUACGCUCAAGUUGCCGAAUGAUGUACUAGUUAGCUUUGAUUCGGCUUUUUUCUGCCAUCUUUCGCCUCGAGAAUGGGUCGUGUUGAAUGUAGAUGGCAUGAUACCAUCAACUCCUUGCAUAACCUCUGGAUCUGUCAUAGUGAAAUAG